AUGAAUACAGACGAUCAGGGAUCCCGUAUGGAUCUCACGAUCCCAGUUCAUCGCGAUCCACCUCGGACCCAGUCGAUUCCAUACCAGACGCCAGUUUCGAUUCCUUUUCGCCAUACUCAGCAUUCACCAGCAUAUAUGCGCGCUAAUACUCAUGCCACGUCACCGUUGGAUGCGGGACCGGGACAAUUGAUCCAAAGUUUUUCGCCUUCUCAUUCACUUAAUUCUCAUCUUUAUCAUAGUAAUGUUCAGUCACUUCCCUCUUUCCCUUCUGUCCCGACCAUUCCACAAUCUGUUUCCGAGAAUUGGCAUACCAAUACUGUUCCUAAUUUUUCCCCUCCGUCUCACAACUUUGCAACCCAGAACGUGUUUCAAAAUCGCCCUUUACCUUCUGCUCCAGUGCCUUCUUCGAACGUUUUUAUAUCCGAAUCCUACACUCCACUUGACUCUCCUACAUUUUUACCUAUCAAUUUCGUACGAUCACCAGUCUCGGUCCCUUCGGCUUUUGUCCGUCUCCCAUCUCGCGUCGGCUCACGCAUGGACCAUCAUCACAUCAUCGAUCGAACACCAUCUCGUAUCAUGCACCAACCAAGACCUCACCGUCUUGUGGACCUCGACCAUAUUUCUACUUCUGCUCAACUCCUUCCGGAGACUCAGAGUGCACCGGCGAUCAUGUCGGAAUUUCCACAGGAGCAUCAUCAUUGUUUCCAUAACCAUUCUAAUAUACCAUGGGUACCUCCGCCGCCUAACGCGCCAGCAGGACAUUCGUUUCCCAUGUAUUACACCCCUUAUCCUGUUUAUCAAAACUUUCAGCCACCUCCCACAUCACCUCGUCCAAUGACUCCGAGAUUCAAAAUCGAGUAUUCUUCGAUUCAUGCGAUGUUUCUUGCAACAAUCAAGGAUGCUGAUUCCCUGAAAGAUCGGAAAUCUUGGGUUGAAUGGAACAAAGGCGUAUGGCAAGCCGUCGCUGAUGGUUUCGUAUUAGGCCACAUUUGUGACGAACCUUCUCCUGGUACUCCUUGGACGGAAUGGAACACCCCAUUAAUCCGACCUACGGUCUCAUCUCAACCAACGUGA